AUGGCAUACUUCCACGAGUAUGACUGGAUCUUCGCCAUCGGCCUGCUUUUCGCGGCCCUCGAUGCCUUCAACAUUGGUGCCAACGAUGUGGCAAACUCGUUCGCCACUUCGGUGUCGUCGCGCUCGUUGACGAUGCGCCAGGCCAUCGUUCUCGCUGCCAUUUGUGAAUUCCUCGGUGCCGUGCUUGUUGGUGCCAAGGUCGCCGGUACCAUCAAGAACGGUAUCAUUUCGCUCAAGGUCUUCCAGGGCAACGCCGGCGUUGAGAUGCUCGCUUUCACCUGUGCCCUCGUUGCCUCUGCCACUUGGCUCAUGAUCGCCACCAAGAAGUCGUGGCCCGUCUCGACCACCUACUCGAUUGUCUCUGCCCUCGCCGGUGUUGGUGUCGCCCUCGACGGCCCCUCGGCUGUCCAGUGGGGCUGGAACAACGGCAAGGGUCUCGCCACCAUCUUUGCUGGCUUUGGCAUUGCCCCCGCCAUCUCGGCCGGUUUCGGUGCCAUUGUCUACCUCAUCACCAAGUACGCCGUGCUUGAGCGCAAGAACUCGGUCAAGGCUGGUCUCAUGAUCUCGCCCUUCUACUUCUUCACUGUCGUCGCCGUCCUCACCAUGUCGAUUGUGUACAAGGGCUCGCCUUCGCUCAAGCUCGACAAGCUCCCCAAGACCACCAUUGCCCUCGCCAUUGUCCUCACUGCCCUUGUCGUUGCCAUUCUCUCCAUGAUCUUCUGGCUCCCUUACGUCUACUGCAAGGUCGUUCGCAAGGACAGCAGCAUCCGCUGGUACCACUUCUUCUUCGGCCCCUUGCUCUGGAAGCGCCCUGUCCCCGCCCAGGACGAGACCAAGGCCCACGUCGUCGACUACCGCGUCCACGGCCGCGACGACGGCCACGUUGCUGGCACUGACGUCUUCGCCGAGACUGCCGCUGCUGCCCCCUCGCCCGUUCAGACCAAGGGCUCGGACAUUGAGGCCGAGGCCGACCUCGAGGGCAAGGAGCACCGCACCGAGCCUUCGUCGCCUACUCUCCGCCCCACCGCCGAGGUCCCCCUGGCCGAGCUUGAGGACGACUCGCGCAAGAUUAUCGGCGCCUGGUACCUCCCCCGCAACCUCUGGGUCCUUGUCCGCUACCAGAUCCCCAAGGUCAUCCUCUACGGUUCGUCGAUCGACAUCCACAAGGCCCAGAUGGGCAACGCCCAGGAGAGCGACCGCAUCCACGAGAUGCACACCCGCGCCCAGCAGUACGACAACGAGACCGAGCACCUGUACUCGUUCCUCCAGGUCCUCACUGCGUGCACCAACUCGUUUGCCCACGGCUCCAACGACACUGCCAACGCCGUCGGCCCCUUUGCUGCCAUCUACUACAUCUGGAGCACCUCGUCCGUCACCCCGGCCAACACCCCUACCCCUACCUGGAUUCUCGCCUUUGGUGCUGCCAUGCUCGUGAUCGGUCUCGCCACUUACGGCUACAAGAUCAUGGUUUCGCUCGGUAACCGCCUCACCAUGCACUCGCCUUCGCGCGGUUUCUCCAUGGAGCUCGGCUCGGCCAUCACCGUCCUCCUCGCGUCGCAGUACGGUAUCCCCGUCUCGACCACCAUGUGCAUCACCGGUGCCACCGCCGGUGUCGGCCUCGUCUCGGGUGGCCCCAAGGCCAUCAACUGGCGCGCGUUCGGCUACAUUGUCCUCGGAUGGGUCCUCACCGUCCCCGUCGCCGGUACCGCUGCCGGCUGUCUCAUGGGCAUGCUCCUCAACGCCCCCCACUGGUAG